AUGUAUUCUCUAGCUCCCCCUUCGCUCUCAUCCUCGGCAAUCAGAACUCUGGAUCAGGAUAACCCCUAUCAUAUUCAAGACUUUCAAGACCACUAUGUUCAAUCACUUUCCGACAUUCGAUCCAUUUCUAAUUCGCUUACAGGCAACCAGACUCAUGACGUCGCUGCUCAACCUCCGUCGUUUCAAGCUUUCGCCCGUCACCAAGAAAACACACAUAAACAGAUCAACACUGCCACUUAUGAAUACAACCCCUAUGACCAACCAUUGUCUAUUGGCUCAAUAGAGAACUGGCGCAAUACUUCCCACCCACCGCUGACAGAGUUUAUGAGGGUUAUGGUUUGCCACCUUCAAAACCUCAUAUACGUCCGGCGUUGUUAA